UAAUCUGGCAGCUCUGCUUUAAUCAGCUGAUCAAUAUUAAACAAAUCCUUUUGCAACAACUGCAAACGAAUAACAGCGAUAACUGUUUAAUAAUAAAUAAAAUAGUUGACGGCUACAACAAAAAUUCUGUUUAAACAAGUUAACAAAUUGCAUUAAUUAGCACGAAAAGAAAGUAAAUUAGUGCAAUGAGUGACUUAAGUGAUAAAAUCGUUGCAGCAAAGACGGCGUUGUUUGGCGCUUUGGGUGAAAAUGCCCAUAAAUAUUUGGCAAACAUGAAGUUGUGGUUUCGUUAUAAAUGGUCUAAGGAAGAAUUUGAUAGUGAAUCAAGAAAAUUCCUUACACCCGAUAAAAUGCAUUUACAUAAUCAAUUUUUUAUUGCUAUAUUAAACAAAAUCGACGCAUUUCAAACGCCAGAACAGUCACCGUCUCUCUUUGCAUCACAUAAUAAUAGCGGUCCUGCAGGUAGUACAACUGGCACCGCCAGUGGUGGUAGCAGCAGCAGUCGUAGUCGCAAACGCAAGAGAAGUUCAAGAGCGGUCAGUGAUCGUGUCACUUUCGAACCUUAUGAUUUUCUUGAUUUCAUAGUAGAAGACAAUUUAGAAUGCAUUAGGCCCACGGCAGGUACCGAUGCCAAUGUGCAAAUAUUGCCCACACAACGUUACUGUGUGCAAGAGCUGUUUUUGCCAGAUGCAGGCUUUGUACUCGGUCGCUUCCUAAUUGGUGCUUGGGAAGUGGGGCUAACUAAUGUUGAAGACAAUGUGGCUGAGUAUGUGGCAAUGGCAGUGCAGGUGCUCUUGAAAAACCUUAUAUCGGCGAUUGUAAUGAACCGCAAGCAUUAUAAAGUAACAGGAGAUGGUUCGUUUUACUAUGAUGUUGGUGCGCCACUAAAAGAUCCUUCUCUGCGAAAUACUGUUACACGACAAAAAAUCGAUGACGGACCAUUAGAACUUGAUAAGGAAAUUACUUCACCGAAUUUUAUGCGUCGCUCAAAUGAAGAUGGUGUUUUCUUAUCCGCUUGUGAAGAAAUUGAACCACAAAGGCGUGAAAUCAUAACAUUGAAGGAUGCGCAACGUGCUUUCAACGAUCACAAUCUCAUAGCAUCACACUCAGUAUAUUCCAUUAAUAUGGAGCGGUUAACGCAAAUGCUGCACUAAUUUAUAAUUCAUAUAAAUAUUUUAAUAAGUAUAUUAUAGUUUAUUUUAUUAGUUUAAAUAAAAACUUUAUUCUUAAAAAAAUUAA